UUCAAGAUCAUCAAUAUACUCUGUGCAUAAAUGCAAGAUGGGCUGACUAUAAAUGAGGUUGGCUGCUUAUAGAAAGUUUCUCUACACUUACCAUCUGCUCUUCUAGAUUUUUGGAGUGAUGACACAGCCACAAAUUCACUAAUCCAUACCAAAAUUUUGCUGCAAUUAAGAAUUUAGGUUCCCGUUCAUCCCAUCCUCAUAAAUUUCUUCAGUUGUUUGUCGGCCGCCAGCCUUCCAGAUUGAACGAUGUGUUGAUUUGUGUAAUAAGGAGAUGAUUAGCGGCACGGGUCAUCGGAAUUAGCUCUCCUACCCCAACUGCACCCCAUUUAAUACCCUACUUCCCAACCUCCCACUUCAAACCCUCAAACUUUCGUCAUUUUUCAAUUAAAACCCACUUGGGAUCUCAUCACAUAACCAUUUCUUGGUUCUGGGUUUUCUUGUUCUGCUCUUUUGGGAUCUGGGUUUUAAAAAUUAGGCUUACUUGCCCAGCUGGUUCUCUAAUUUGGCUUCGAAAAUGAAGGUCUCGGUGGUUUCUCGCAGUGGGAGAGAGAUUGUUAAGGGGGGCAUUCAACUGAGCGACUCUGCUUCGGUGGCUGAUCUACAGGAUGCGAUUUAUAAGCGAACCAAAAAGUUCUACCCUGCUAGGCAAAGGUUAACUCUUCCCGUUCAACCUGGUUCAAAGGAGAGGCCUACUGUUCUUAACUACAAGAAAAGCCUUAGAGAAUAUUGUAGCGACAACUCGGACAUCAUAUCGGUCGUCUUCAAGGACUUGGGCCCGCAAGUUUCGUAUCGUACACUCUUUUUCUGGGAAUACUUAGGUCCCUUGAUCCUCUACCCCAUCUUUUACUACUUCCCUGUAUAUCAGCUCUUUGGCUACAAUGCAGAACGUAUCAUCCAUCCGGUUCAGACGUAUGCAAUGUACUACUGGUGUUUUCAUUACUUCAAACGGAUCAUGGAAACAUUUUUCGUGCAUAGGUUCAGCCACGCAACCUCACCGCUCUCGAAUGUCUUCCGGAACUGUGCUUACUACUGGUCGUUUGGCUCGUAUAUUGCAUAUUAUGUGAAUCACCCACUUUAUACGCCUGUUAGUGACCUUCAAAUGAAGAUUGGGUUUGCAUUUGGUUUGCUGUGUCAAGUGUCAAACUUCUACUGUCAUAUCUUGCUGAGAAAACUGCGGAGCCCUGAGGGCAGUGGGGGAUAUCAAAUCCCUAAGGGGUUUCUGUUCAACAUUGUGACAUGUGCAAAUUACACAACAGAGAUAUAUCAGUGGGUAGGCUUCAAUAUAGCUACACAGACUGUUGCUGGUUAUGUCUUUCUUGUGGUUGCUACUCUUAUCAUGACAAACUGGGCCCUCGCAAAGCACCGUCGCCUCAAAAAGCUGUUUGAUGGGAAAGAGGGAAGACCAAAGUAUCCACGCAGAUGGGUGAUACUUCCUCCAUUUCUGUAGAAGAAAGAAUGAGCUGCCGCAGCAUCCAUUCAAUGAGCUAAAUUAAGUUAUGUUCUUUGUUGUGGUCUGAACAUUAUGAACAAUGGUCCUUUUGUUUUGUUUUGCUUCGGCGUUUAGUGAGUUCUUGGUGACUGAUGGCUGCAUGUUUCCUUUUCACCUCUUUCAACUGCUGUCUUUGUAGUGACAUAUUGUUGAUGCUUCUAAAUUUAUAGUUCUGAUAGAAUUUUUUUCUCUA